AUGAUUUAGUUGUUUAGAUUUUGUUCAGGCAAGAUAACAUCAUCAUUUCCAAAAUUAUCUUUCAAGGUGAAAGAUUUUUCAAUUUUCAAAGGGGAAAAGCCAACAGCUUUGAAAAAUGAUGAUAUCAAAACAUUAUUGAAGAUGCAUUAAUUAGGAGCAACAUGGAAAUUAGUAUUGAUCAUAUCAAAUAUCAAAUAGCAAGAUGAUAAUUCACUAUAUAAGGAAGUGAAGUUUUCUAAUUUCAAGGAAGCUUUUUCAUUCAUGACUUAGGUGGCUAUAUUCAGUGAAUAAAUAAAUCGUAAUAUUUUAUUAAAUGUAGAUCACCCUGAAUGGGAGAACCUAUUCAAUACAAUAAAGAUUAGAUUAAUCACAGAUGAUGUAAAUAAUAUUACAGUCAAGGAUGUAUUUUUAGCGUAUGCCAUAGAUAAUAUUGCAAUGAAUGUGCAAGUUAAAUCAGCGGAAUCAACUAAUGAUACAAGAAUAUUAGAGAUUGCAAAAAUUGCUGAAGCAUGGAAUUUCAAUUUUGAUUAGUUUCAUCGUAUGAUUGAGACAGAUUCUAAAUAAAUAUGA